AGUACUUAAUUAUUCUUGUCUGCUUCACAGCGGUAGUACCGAGAACGUACCGGGGUGUGAAACACAAAUUUGCCGGCAGAACAACACCAAAAGAGCGGCAAAGUGUUCACGUUUAUCGUUCGAAGAACAAAUGUCAAGUAAUUGUUAUUAUCCUGGCAACUGAUGACGAGGCAAAACGCCGAAAGACUGAGGUAUCAUUAAAGCCGUUCAGGAAUAGGCGCCGUCUGUCGAGUCUCCGUGAAAUAUUUUCAGAGACUUGUCUUUGAAAAUAAAUAGAUUUGUCUGCUGGAAACAAUUAAUACUCCAACGAUCAUAAUGGGAUACGUCGUUUAACUUGUGCGGGUUGACAACAACUGGGGAAAUUUGUGAGGACCUCUGGUUAAGUGUACACCGCAAGCGGCCCGUGUCCACAUCAGCGACAGAAGCCGGGGUGUCGGCUUGAGAGUCUUCGGGUGGAAAAUCUCCAACACUAGAGCUACAGCGCUGACUAAAUAGCGUCGUGCGAACAGGAGCUGCGCCGAUAUUUGACCAUUGGGAGCCGGGGAGUAUCCGGACAGAGACCUCAUGAAUGGAAAUCGGAACUUCAGGAGAUGUUGGGGCCCAGGCCCUGUUCUCAGUGCCACGGAGGCCUGGCUUUGGCACCAUGGGGAAGCCUAUCAAGCUGCUGGCCAACUGCUUCCAGGUGGAUAUCCCCAAGAUGGACGUCUACCUCUAUGAAGUAGACAUCAAGCCCGAGAAGUGCCCACGUCGCGUCAACAGGGAGGUGGUGGACUCCAUGGUGAAGCACUUCAAGGUGACCAUCUUUGGGGACCGAAGGCCAGUCUACGAUGGGAAGAGGAGCCUCUACACAGCCAACCCCCUACCAGUCGCCACAGCGGGGGUGGAUCUGGAUGUCACCCUGCCAGGGGAGGGGGGUAAGGAUCGCCCCUUCAAAGUGUCCAUCAAGUUUGUGUCGCUAGUCAGCUGGCACCUGCUGCACGAGGUCCUGAUGGGGCGCACCAUGCCUGAGCCCUUGGAGCUGGACAAGCCCAUCAGCACCAACCCUGUACACGCAGUGGAUGUGGUGCUGCGACACCUGCCUUCCAUGAAGUGA